GCGGACCGGAAGCGACGCUUCUAGCCUCCCGGGAGGCGGGAUGGCGGCUCGAACAGCACUGCUGCUUCUCCUGGGGGCGGCGGGGGCAGGCCCGGCCCCCGCAAAAGGGUCGCGGGGAGACCGGGAGCCCGUCUACCGAGACUGCUUGGCCCAUUGCGAGAAGCGCAACUGUUCAGGGGCCGGGCUGCGGCACUUCCGCUCCCAGCAGCCGCUCUACAUGAGCCUCACAGGAUGGACUUGCAGAGAUGAUUGUAAAUAUGAAUGUAUGUGGCUUACUGUGGGCCUUUACGUCCAGGAAGGAUACAGAGUGCCUCAGUUUCAUGGAAAGUGGCCCUUCUCUCGUUUCCUGUUCUUUCAGGAGCCCGCCUCUGCCUUUGCUUCGUUCCUUAACGGACUUGCCAAUUUAGUCAUGCUGAACAGAUACAAAGCUGCCGUCCCGCCUUCUUCUCCCAUGUACCAUACCUGCAUCGCCUUUGCUUGGGUUUCUUUGAAUGCCUGGUUCUGGUCUACAGUGUUUCACACUCGAGACACAAACCUAACCGAGAAGAUGGACUAUUUCUGCGCGUCAGCCGUCAUUCUUCACUCUGUAUAUUUAUGUUGCGUCCGGACGCUGGGGUUGAAACGUCCGGCUUUUGCCACCGCCUUUGGGGGCUUCCUGCUCCUCUUCUUGGCCUGCCACAUCUCCUACCUGACGCUCGUACGCUUUGAUUACAGCUACAACAUGGCUGCAAACGUGGCCAUCGGCCUCCUCAACCUCUUCUGGUGGUUGGGCUGGUGCAUGAGGAACCAGCAGCGCCUGCCGUACGUCUGGAAGUGCGUGGCCGUGGUCCUGCUCCUACAAGCCUUGGCCCUGCUGGAGCUGCUGGACUUCCCACCCCUGUUUUGGGUCUUUGACGCCCACGCCAUCUGGCACAUCAGCACCAUCCCGGUCAAUAUCCUUUUCUACAGCUUCCUCAUGGAUGACAGCCUCUAUCUCUUGAAGGCCAACUCGUACAUCCUUAAAAUAGACUAAAAGCCUUUGGUGAAACGCAGAUUGGGGAAGAGCACCGGCCUCUUUGGAGGACACCCACCGACCGUUUCCGACGCCCACCGACCGAGGACCCAGGCCUGCUGUAUUUUGAGCAGCAGCGACCAUCGGCCCUUCCUCGUUUCCUGCCCUUCUACUCUCGAAGCAUCCACAGUCUGGAUUUGGUUUGCUGUGAUGUGAUAACGCUCUUUUGCCCGCCCCCUGGAUGCAUCAGGAUCCACAUUUCUCCUCCCCAGCAACUUGAGUCGGGGGUCCUUCCUUCCUUCC